AUGCUCAUCGAGAAGGGCCCAACUCCUGAUGCGAAACGGAUGGCUGGCUCUGGCGGCAGCAGCGUUGGCAGUGAGAACCACAGCAGUGCCAGCUCAGAGCAGCAGGCCGAGGACGAGGAUGGCGAUCUGGAGAUGAUCUUUAUGAGCAUCGGCGCACUGAACAGCACCGGCAUUGACGAGUCGGAAGACGAUGUGCCCGCCGCCGCCGCCACUGUUCAACAGCAGUCAACGUCCACCACCAACAGCACUUUUGCCUCGAUCGCCCAGCGCAACAUUGCCUCUGUCCUCCAGCAGCAGCAGCAGCAGCAACCACUCUCGCACAUUCAGUCACCGCCGUCCAGUGGCCAGGGAUCGAUGGUUCGACCACAGCAACAGCAACAGCAGCCACUGGCGCCCAUCAUCAGCAGCAGUCCUCACGGACCUGCCGGACCGACGUCUCCGCCGCAGCAGCAGCAGUCAGCGGCGACGACCACGUCUACUGCUGCUGUCGUCACCCGAUGCACCGACGGCAAACUCAUCACCUACAAUCCGGACAUCUACGAGGAGGCGGACAUUCUCCUCAGCAAUGAGAAGAACGUCAGUAACAUUCGUCAGCCCAAAGUGAAAAUGCCUGCCACUACCGCUGCCGUGUCCGGCAGUCAGCAGCAACAGCAGCAGCACCCAAGUCAGGCGACCAAUUCUCUGGUCAGCAGUAAUGGCGUGACCGCUAACAGCAGCAGUGGUCACCACCAUCAGUCCACCAGCACCAGCAGCAGUACUACUACUAAGUCAUCGAUGCGACCAUCACAUGUGAACCGCGGUGGCCACCACCACCACCUCAUCAGCAGCACCAAUGGCCACCACGCCAACAGUCACACAAAUGGCGGCACCUACGUGAACGGCACCAGCAACGGUGGCAGCCGGAACAAUGCUCACUCAACAUCCAACUCAUCCUCCACUAGUGCCAAUCAUGGCAAUGGCAAUGGCAAUAGUAGUAAUCAUGCAAGUAAUAAUAACAGCACCGCCGCAAAGGGCAUCAUCGCCGCCGCCGUCGCCGCAUCUUCGGUGUCGGGUUGCGGGCACUCUGGUGCGACUCUGGGCACUCGCACCACUGGUGUAGCUGGCAGUGCAGCAACAUCUUCAUCCAGCAGCAUGUCACCAGCGACGGCUUCUUCAGUAGUCAACAACUCGAGUAACCAUACUCCGCAACUCAGUGGCGGUGGUGGUCAUCACCGGUCAUCCACUGUGAACUUGGAGGCUCCAGUGUCGCCUCCGGAGAAGUCUCUGCACUUGAC